AAUAUGGAGCCACGUGUAUUAAACCAAUGCUCAUUAGAUUGGUCAUAGAAGAAUUUUUACGACUGAAAACCCCGCAACACAGGAUUUGCAUUCAUAUCAAAAAUCGGUUCAUCAACGCUUUGGAAAUUCAACUUAAUUGCUGAAAUUGUAACUGUCAAUUGUCUUCCUUCUUAGCCAGUGGCAGUGAGCUUUACUCGAGGCAGAAGUAGCUAAAACCCUAUAUAGACCAAUUAGUGAACUGAGAUCUGCAAUUGGUCGUGGGGGUUAUACUUAUUCGAAUUCUGCAACAAUGUCGUCCAGUAAUUGGAGGAGAACACUAGGAAAUGUCCGGUCGUUUAUAGGGAAUUCGAUGGGAGGCCUUAGAGGAGGAAGCAACAUCGCAUCAUGGGUGGUUGCUGGAACCCUAGCUUACUUUCUCUGGAUCAAGCCUUCUCAGGACCUCAGGCGAGAACAGGAGGAAAGGGCAGCAAUUGCAGCUGCUUCGGAUCCUUAUCGAUAUGUUGAGAAACGAAAACCCAUACCUGAUCCACAGGAAACGGGAUUGAUAUACGGAAACAAGAAUAAAACAAGCAAACCAGCGGAGUAGUUAACUGAAGUUCCUCAUAUCCUACUAGCAAACUAAAUAUACUGUUUCUUUAUCAAAUAUUACAAAGUAAUGGUAGUCCAAUAUGUUUUACAAAUCACAAUAAGAAAUCAAAAUAUCUGCUUUUCAUUA